UAGCUUCUGAUUUAUGAUUACCAACUUUAACUUAUAAAAAAUUGCACCAAACAGGCUCUUUAAUUGCUAGAAUUGAAAGGUGAGGGAUCAAUUGAGGUGCAAAUUGUAAUUUAACCUAAAAUGAAAAGUCAAACGUGCGAAAUAUGCAUAUAAAUUGAAAACUCUGAGGGCCGCGCCACAGCAUUGUGGUUCUCAUCGGAUACCUUCGAGUCUUGACUUGAGAGAGAGAGAGAGAGAGAGAGAGAGAGAGAGAGAGAGAAAAGGCGACGAUGAGGAAGACGAAGUCAAUGUCAAAGCAUUUCUUACACAUGCAUGAACUGGAGCUGAAUGAUAAAGGCGAGGACUGUAAAGACAAUUGCAGCAUCUGCAAACAACCAAUCUCUGAAUCCAACUUUUAUCAUUGCAAUCUCUGCCCUGAAAAAAUACGCAUCCAUGAGUAUUCCUGCUCUGAAAUUCCACUUCAAUUGGAUCACCAUCCCAUUCACCCUCUCCACAUAUUUUUCCUUUCUGAAAAAGUCCGUCGAACCAACUUUUGCCAUGCUUGUGGCGGCAAUUGUUAUGGAGGCUUCGCCUACAAGUGUGUGGACUCUGCUUUUAUCCUCGAUGUCAACUGCGCUCUCCUUACUAAAAACAACAACAACAAACAACAGUACCACCAGCAGAAGAAGAAGAUUCAGUUUCAAUUUCAGCAGCCGCAGCUUCCCAAUCACCCUCAUCCCUUGAUAUUGUGCUAUAAGGAUAAGAAUUUGACUUAUAAAUGCACUUGCUGCAGCUUGACUAUUGAUGGAGAUUGUCUCUAUGUAUGCCUACAGUGCAAGGGUUUGCUCCACCAUUCUUGCGCCGAGAUGCCCUGGAAAAUCGAGCACCCGUUUCACUCCUCUCAUUCUCUCUUCCUCCAAUCUCGAUCUGGCUUUUAUGACCGAGAGUUCAUCUGCAGCCUCUGUUGCCAGAGGCGGGACGGUUUCGCCUACCACUGUCAUAAGUGCAAGUUUGUUGUAGACGUUCAUUGUGCUUGUUUGAAACCGGCACGUCAGACUCAGAUUCAACAAUUCACCCAUUUCCAUCCCCUAGUUCUCUGCCACAAUAAGGACAACCUUCCUUAUACCUGCUAUGCGUGUUUGCUGCCCUUGGAGGAUUCCAUCUAUUUUUGCCCUGAAUGCGGUGUCUUGCUUCAUAAAAAGUGUGCUAAUUUGCCUCAGGAAUCAUCAAACACCUCCUUCACCCUCAGCACACUCUUUCCCUCCACUACCAUCGACUAAGUCAUGCAUAUACCCACGCAACCAGGAAUGUGGGGUAUGUUUAAAUUAUUGUUAUGGUUUUUACUACGAAUGUUCCCAUUGUCAAUGGUAAAUGGACGUUAGAUGUGUUUUCUUGUCAAUGCCCACGAUUAUGCGCAGGACUAAAUUUCACCGCCACCCUCUUGUUUUAAUCUCCGAUGUGUCACAUUAUAAAAUGACUUGCAGUACUUGUAGGAAGUACUCCUGUUUCCCUUUAUUUCGUUGUGUGUGGUGCAAUGUCAAUCACCAUGUCCAUUGUAUUUCAGCAUUACCGCCUACCCUCAGAUACAAAAAUCAUGUCCAUACCCUUACCUUCACAAAUCAUCCAAGGAAAGAUCGUCCGGAUGAUGAUGAUGAUUCAGAGUUUAUCUGUGACGCUUGUGAACGAAGAAGGGAUCUAGCGCUACCAACUUAUUAUUGUACGGAUGGAUGCCAGUACAUUGCGCAUCCUCAUUGCGUGGUAUCUGAGAUCAUACACAUUCUGGAAGAAGAGUGGUCAAAGCAUGAAAAUGUUGACGAGCCACUUGCAUUGACUUUAAAAGAAUUUUUAGAUUCAUUUAUAGAGAAUGAGAACAACGAAGUGCAUGGUCUUUUCGAAUCUUAAAGAAGGGAUCUUCAAGAACGUGUCGUCCAUCCAAAAAUCUUUCUAUCUUUAUACAAGGACGAUGAUGAGGACAAGAACAAAAUACGUACAGCUGCGACCUUGAUGGAAAAGUUUGUUUUUGAAGUUGAAGUCUCAAGGCCUUGGGAAAAUUGGGAUUCCACAUCAAAAAUUAUAAAGGAUGGAAACUACAUGAUUUUUAAGAACCAAGUGUCUAUCCUUAAAGACUUAUUAUUCAAAGAUGAAGACUUCAGUAAUAGAUCGAGACUAAGUAAGAAGGUAAAUACAUUAUUCAUAAUGAUGGUAUGUGAAGCUAUACAUAGCAUGCGCAACACCAAGGCUGUGGACAUAACUACAAGUUUACUUUUGACUUGGUUUCACUCCUUCGCUCUUGCUCAAUAUGCAGACUUCAAAAUUAAGUUUGUCAUUGCCCAUUUGGCGAAAUUGGUUCGUGCUCACUUUGGUCUCCAAGCUGAUCAUGAUGUUCCUAUAGACCUUAAUCUUACUGGACUGGUGGUCCCAAUCGCGAAGCAACUUGUAGUCAAAGAUUCUAAAGAGCUCACCAUUAUUGAAAAAAUUGGAGAAACUAAUAGUACGCGGAAGAAGGUAGAUAAGUUGCAGCAAAUCAUCACCAGACUGGAUGAAACUAUUAAAGAGCUUGAAAAGAAGAAACAUGCAUUUGAAAAGAAGAAACAUGCACUUGACAACAAGAAACAGAAAAAUGCACUUGUAAAGAAGAAAUAGGCACUUGAAAAGAAGAGACAGGAACUUUUGAAGACGCGCGAGGAGAGGUACAUAAUAAAGGAGUGCUUGAGUGAUGCUCUAGAUCUCGAGGGAGAGAUGGCAGGCACACACUUGUUCUGAUGUGCAACAAAGGGUCUACUACUACUAGCAGCUACCAUUGUUGUAGCAGAUUUGCGGUCUUUGGCUCUUGCAUUGAUUUGGCCGUCAUUUGAUAGGAAUCAUUAUGAAUUUUGAGACAACAUUAGUUGUAAGAAGUGACUGCCUUCUUCAAAUGGGUUUUUUUUGGCAGUUGAACGAGUCACAGUGAAGGGGGAUACUCAAUAGAAGUGGGAAAUGAGAGGUAUUGGCAAAAUUAAGGUAGCAUUUGGUAGAGUUUUAGAAUUAUGAUUUGAAUGUGGAGCUGUAUUUUGAGUUUGUGAGUUUUUGUAUUAUUAUUUGAAAAGAGAAAAUUUA